UCUGCAUUAUCAGAGCGAAGAAGCUUGUUCUGGGUGUUGAAUUAAUCAUGUUGCGGAUGAUGGGAAGAUACCUGAUGUUCAUUUUACUGUCUGCAGUUACAAUACUCAUCACAGCUGACCGUGUGAAUGUGAGGUUGGUUGGUGGUCACAGUCGUUGUGCUGGUCGAGUAGAGGUUCAUCACAGAGGUCAGUGGGGAACAGUGUGUGAUGUUGCCUGGGAUUUGGCUGAUGCUGCAGUGGUGUGUAGAGAGCUGGACUGUGGAGAACCUGUAGAUGCCUUGGGUAAUGCACACUUUGGACAAGGAUCAGGACCAGUCUGGACGGAUUUUUUCAGAUGUGUUGGUUCAGAAUCCACACUUAAGGACUGUUUAACAGGAGGAUGGGAAGAAGGUGACUGUGAUCAUUCUAAAGAUGCUGGAGUCAUCUGCUCAGGCGUCAGACUGGUUGGAGGUUCUCGCUGCUCUGGGAGGUUAGAGAUACUUCAUGAUCAGACGUGGAUGUCAGUGUGUGAUGCUGUCUUUGACCAGCAAGAUGCAGAGGUUGUGUGUAGAGAGCUGGACUGUGGGGCUCCUGUACAGGUGCUGGGAGCAGCUGCUUUUGACAAAGGAGACACUCAGAUGUGGACACAAGAGAUUCAGUGCAGAGGGAAUGAAUCUCAGAUUCACCUCUGUCCAACAUCACCAUCACAUGAAAACAAUUGUUCUCAUGACAGUGAUGUUGGACUGUUGUGUACAGAAAUAAUAAAUGUGCGGUUGGUUAAUGGAAACAGUCCCUGCAGUGGGACAGUGGAGGUUCAUCACAGAGGUCAGUGGGGAACAGUGUGUGGUGAUGGUUGGGAUUUGGCUGCUGCUGCAGUGGUGUGUAGAGAGCUGGACUGUGGAGAACCUGUAGAUACUCUGAAUGAUGCUCAGGUUGGGCUCGGAUCAGGACCAGUCUGGAUGAAUAAUGUAAUGUGUACUGGAUCUGAGUCCACACUGAAGAAGUGUGGAUCUAUCAUAUGGGGUUUUCAAGGUUUGUGUCAGAGCAAAAGUGCAGGAGUCAUCUGCUCAGGUGUCAGGCUGGUUGGUGGUUCUCGCUGCUCUGGGAGGUUAGAGAUACUUCAUGAUCAGACGUGGAUGUCAGUGUGUGAUGCUGUCUUUGACCAGCAGGAUGCAGAGGUUGUGUGUAGAGAGCUGGACUGUGGGGCUCCUGUACAGGUGCUGGGAGCAGCUGCUUUUGACAAAGGAGACACUCAGAUGUGGACACAAGAGAUUCAGUGCAGAGGAGAUGAGUCUCAAAUUCACCUCUGUCCAACAUCUCUGUUACACAAAUACAACUGUUCACAUGAUAAUGAUGUUGGAUUGGUGUGUGCAGACCGUGUGAAUGUGAGGUUGGUUGGUGGUCACAGUCGCUGUGCUGGUAGAGUGGAGGUUCUUCACAGAGGUCAGUGGGGAACAGUUUGUGACGCUGGUUGGGAUAUGACUGAAGCUGCAGUGGUGUGUAGAGAGCUGGACUGUGGAGAACCUGUAGAUGCUCUGGGUGAUGCUUAUUUUGGACCAGGAUCAGGAUCAAUCUGGACUAAUCGUAUGAUGUGUACUGGAUCAGAGACUACACUGAAGAACUGUGGAUCAGUUCAAUUCUAUGAUUAUGAUAAGUAUGACUGUAAUCAUGGUACAGAUGCUGGAGUCAUCUGCUCAGGCGUCAGGCUGGUUGGAGGUUCUCGCUGCUCUGGGAGGUUAGAGAUACUUCAUGAUCAGACGUGGAUGUCAGUGUGUGACGCUGUCUUUGACCAGCAGGAUGCAGAGGUUGUGUGUAGAGAGCUGGACUGUGGGGCUCCUGUACAGGUGUUGGGAACAGCUGCUUUUGACAAAGGAGACGCUCAGAUGUGGACACAAGAGAUUCAGUGCAGAGGAAAUGAGUCUCAGAUUCGAAUGUGUCCAGCAUCACAGAAACACAGCUGCUCUCAUGAUGAUCACCAGGUGCUUCAGUGUGCUGAUGUAAUGCAUGUGAGACUGGUAAAUGGUAACAGUCCUUGUGCUGGUAGAGUGGAGGUUUAUCACAGAGGUCAGUGGGGAACAGUGUGUGAUGAUAGCUGGGCUAUGCCUGCUGCUGCAGUGGUGUGUAGAGAGCUGGACUGUGGAGAACCUGUAGAUGCUCAGGGUCGUGCUCAUUUUGGUCAAGGAUCAGGACCAAUCUGGAUGAGUGCUUUAACAUGUUUAGGAUCAGAGUCUACACUGAAGAACUGUGGGUCAGCAGGAUGGAAUAUACCUGUCUGCAGUCAUAAUCGUGAUGCUGGUGUCAUAUGCUCAGGUCAUAAACGCUCCAGACUUGCUGAUGGGUCUAAUCUUUGCUCUGGGAGGUUAGAGAUACUUCAUGAUCAGACGUGGAUGUCAGUGUGUGACGCUGUCUUUGACCAGCAGGAUGCAGAGGUUGUGUGUAGAGAGCUGGACUGUGGGGCUCCUGUACAGGUGCUGGGAGCAGCUGCUUUUGACAAAGGAGACGCUCAGAUGUGGACACAAGAGAUUCAGUGCAGAGGAAAUGAGUCUCAGAUUCACCUCUGUCCAACAUCUCUGCCACACAAAUACAACUGUUCACAUGAUAAUGAUAUUGGAUUGGUGUGUGCAGACCGUGUGAAUGUGAGGUUGGUUGGUGGUCACAGUCGCUGUGCUGGUCGAGUGGAGGUUCUUCACAGAGGUCAGUGGGGAACAGUGUGUGAUUAUGCCUGGGAUUUGGCUGAUGCUGCAGUGGUGUGUAGAGAGCUGGACUGUGGAGAACCUGUAGAUGCUUUGGGUAAAGCACACUUUGGACAAGGAUCAGGACCAAUCUGGAUGCGUCUUGUCAGAUGUGUUGGUUCAGAAUCCGAACUGAAGGACUGUGGAUCAGAAGGAUGGGACCGAAGUUACUGUGAUCAUGCUAAAGAUGCUGGAGUCAUCUGCUCAGAAGUCAGACUGGUUGGUGGUUCUCGCUGCUCUGGGAGGUUAGAGAUACUUCAUGAUCAGACGUGGAUGUCAGUGUGUGACGCUGUCUUUGACCAGCAGGAUGCAGAGGUUGUGUGUAGAGAGCUGGACUGUGGGGCUCCUGUACAGGUGCUGGGAGCAGCUGCUUUUGACAAAGGAGACGCUCAGAUGUGGACACAAGAGAUUCAGUGCAGAGGAGAUGAGUCUCAGAUUCACCUCUGUCCAACAUCUCUGCCACACAAAUACAACUGUUCACAUGAUAAUGAUGUUGGAUUGGUGUGUGCAGACCGUGUGAAUGUGAGGUUGGUUGGUGGUCACAGUCGCUGUGCUGGUAGAGUGGAGGUUCUUCACAGAGGUCAGUGGGGAACAGUGUGUGAUAGGUGCUGGGAUAUGGCUGAUGCUGCAGUGGUGUGUAGAGAGCUGGACUGUGGAGAACCUGUAGAUGCUGUGGGUGAUGCUUAUUUUGGACCAGGAUCAGGACCAAUCUGGAUUAAUCAUUUGAUGUGUACUGGAUCAGAGACUACCCUGAAGAACUGUGGAUCAAUACAAUUGUUAGGUUAUGACUGUAAUCAUGGAACAGAUGCUGGAGUCAUCUGCUCAGGUGUCAGGCUGGUUGAAGGUUCUCGCUGCUCUGGGAGGUUAGAGAUACUUCAUGAUCAGACGUGGAUGUCAGUGGGUGACGCUGUCUUUGACCAGCAGGAUGCAGAGGUUGUGUGUAGAGAGCUGGACUGUGGGGCUCCUGUACAGGUGCUGGGAGCAGCUGCUUUUGACAAAGGAGACACUCAGAUGUGGACACAAGAGAUUCAGUGCAGAGGAGAUGAAUCUCAGAUUCAAAUGUGUCCAGCAUCACAGAAACACAGCUGCUCUCAUGAUGAUCACCAGGCGCUUCAGUGUGCUGAUGUAAUGCAUGUGAGACUGGUAAAUGGUAACAGUCCUUGUGCUGGUAGAGUGGAGGUUCUUCACAGAGGUCAGUGGGGAACAGUGUGUGAUUUUAACUGGGAUAUGCCUGCUGCUGCAGUGGUGUGUAGAGAACUGGACUGUGGAGAACCUGUAGAUGCUCUGGGUCAUGCCUAUUUUGGUCAAGGAUCAGGACCAAUCUGGAUGAGUGCUUUAACAUGUUUAGGAACAGAGUCUACGCUGAAGAACUGUGGGUCAGCAGGAUGGAAUAAACCUGUCUGCACUCAUAAUUAUGAUGCUGGUGUCAUAUGUUCAGGUCAUAAACGCUCCCGACUUGCUGAUGGAUCUAAUCUUUGCUCUGGGAGGUUGGAGAUACUUCAUGAUCAGACGUGGAUGUCAGUGUGUGAUGCUGUCUUUGACCAGCAGGAUGCAGAGGUUGUGUGUAGAGAGCUGGACUGUGGGGCUCCUGUACAGAUGCUGGGAGCAGCUGCUUUUGACAAAGGAGACACUCAGAUGUGGACACAAGAGAUUCAGUGCAGAGGAAAUGAGUCUCAGAUUCACCUCUGUCCAACAUCACCAUCACAUGGAAACAAUUGUUCACAUGACAAUGAUGUUGGACUGGAGUGUACAGAAAUAAUAAAUGUGCGGUUGGUUAAUGGAAACAGUCCCUGCAGUGGGACAGUGGAGGUUCUUCACAGAGGUCAGUGGGGAACAGUGUGUGAUGUUGGCUGGGAUUUGGCUGAUGCUGCAGUGGUGUGUAGAGAGCUGGACUGUGGAGAACCUGUAGAUGCUGUGAGUGAUGCUCAGGUUGGGCUCGGAUCAGGACCAGUCUGGAUGAAUAAUGCAAUGUGUACUGGAUCUGAGUCCACACUGAAGAGGUGUGGAUCUGUCAUAUGGGGUUUUCAAGGUGUGUGUCCGAGCAAGAGUGCAGGAGUCAUCUGUUCAGGUGUCAGGUUGGUUGGGGAAUCUCGCUGCUCUGGGAGGUUAGAGAUACUUCAUGAUCAGACGUGGAUGUCAGUGUGUGACGCUGUCUUUGACCAGCAGGAUGCAGAGGUUGUGUGUAGAGAGCUGGACUGUGGGGCUCCUGUACAGGUGCUGGGAGCAGCUGCUUUUGACAAAGGAGACACUCAGAUGUGGACACAAGAGAUUCAGUGCAGAGGAGAUGAGUCUCAGAUUCACCUCUGUCCAACAUCUCUGCAACACAAAUACAACUGUUCACAUGCUAAUGAUGUUGGAUUGGUGUGUGCAGGCCGUGUGAAUGUAAGGUUGGUUGGUGGUCACAGUCGCUGUGCUGGUAGAGUGGAGGUUUUUCACAGAGGUCAGUGGGGAACAGUGUGUGACGCUGCUUGGGAUAUGACUGAAGCUGCAGUGGUGUGUAGAGAGCUGGACUGUGGAGAACCUGUAGAUGCUGUGGGUGAUGCUUAUUUUGGACCAGGAUCAGGACCAAGCUGGACUAAUCGUAUGAUGUGCACUGGAUCAGAGACUACACUGAAGAACUGUGGAUCAUUUCUGUUGUAUGAAUAUGACUGCAAUCAUGGUACAGAUGCUGGAGUCAUCUGCUCAGAAGUCAGGCUGGUUGGAGGUUCUCGCUGCUCUGGGAGGUUAGAGCUACUUCAUGAUCAGACGUGGAUGUCGGUGUGUGACGCUGUCUUUGACCAGCAGGAUGCAGAGGUUGUGUGUAGAGAGCUGGACUGUGGGGCUCCUGUACAGGUGCUGGGAGCAGCUGCUUUUGACAAAGGAGACACUCAGAUGUGGACACAAGAGAUUCAGUGCAGAGGAGAUGAAUCUCAUAUUUCAUUCUGUUCAGUAUCAUCACUUGAACACAACUGCACCUUUGACAACAUUGUGGGACUGAUCUGCUCUGGUUACACUGAUCUCAGACUGAUUAAUGGCUCAGACUCUUGUUCUGGAAGAGUGGAGCUUCAUUUUCUAAAAGAGUGGGGCACAGUGUGUGAUGCAUGCUGGGAUAUGAGAGCUGCCAGUGUCCUCUGUAGACAGCUGAAUUGUGGGAUUGCUGUGUCUGUUGUGGGAUCAGACUGGUUUGGAGAGGGAAGUGAUGAAAUCUGGGAUGAUGUGUUUGAUUGUGAUGGGAAUGAAACAAAACUCUCAGAAUGUUCCAUCUCUUCAUGGAGUCGAGCUGAAUGUUCUCACAGACGAGAUGUUGGAGUCAUCUGCUCUAAUUCCUCUCUGGCUCUUCAUGAUGGUCUGGUGCGGUUGUCUGGAGAGAGACAGUGUGAGGGGGAGCUGGAAGUUUUCAUCCAUCAGGUCUGGAGGAGAGUUCUGCUGGACUCCUGGAGUCUCACUGAAUCCUCUGUGGUCUGCAGACAGCUGGACUGUGGCUCUGUGCUGAACUUUAAUGGCUCCUCUUCAUCCAGUCCUGAACACAGUCAUGAGUGUGUGACGGGCUUCCAGUGCUCUGGGAGUGAAGCUCAUCUGGGGAACUGCAGCUCUCCACAAACUCUCAACUGCAGCUCCACACAACAGCUGUACAUCACCUGCCUUGGUCGUGGGUCCAUCAGGCUGGUGGGUUCUGGGGGAGACUGUGCAGGGAGGCUGGAGGUUUUUCACAGCGGCUCAUGGGGGACAGUGUGUGAUGACUCCUGGGAUAUUAAAGAUGCCCAUGUGGUGUGCAGACAGCUGCAGUGUGGAGUGGCCCUCAGUAACCAGCAGGUACCAGCCUGGUUUGGUCCUGGUUCUGGACACAUAUGGCUGGAUGAGGUGGAGUGUGAGGGGAAUGAGACGUCCCUGUGGAGCUGCUCUUCUUCAGGCUGGGGAAAACAUGACUGUAAUCACAAGGAGGAUGUAGGAGUCGUGUGCUCAGAGUUUAAAGAGAUCAGGUUAACUGAGGGCUGUGACGGGAAUGUGGAGGUUUUCUACAAUGGAUCCUGGGGUAAUGUGUGCUGGAACCAGAUGGACAGAGACACAGUGAGUCUGAUCUGUCAAGAGCUGAACUGUGGAAGAUCUGGUGUUUUGUCUGCUUCUGCACCAAGAUUGAAAUCAGCUCCUAACUGGCUGGAUAAUUUUAAAUGUCGACCACAUGAUUCCACUUUGUGGCAGUGUCCAUCUUCACUCUGGGGACAGAAUAACUGUGGUGACGAUGAAGUGGCCAAAAUUACUUGCUCAGUGGAGGAGAGUGAUGAGUCUCCUCGGAGUCAUCUGACAUGUUCAGCAUCUCCUCACCAGAGACAGUGUUCAAAUCAUGUUCCUCUCAGACUGAGUGGAGGUAAGGGCCGGUGCUCUGGGAGGCUGGAGGUGUAUCAUAACGCUGUGUGGGGCUCAGUCUGUGAUGAUCAGUGGGACAUCAGUGAUGCUCAGGUGGUCUGCAGGCAGCUGGGUUGUGGAGCAGCACUGAGGGCUGAUGGGAAUUCAGUCUUUGGUGCUGGUGAAGGUGUUGUCUGGAUGAACAGAGUCGAGUGCAGAGGGAAUGAGAUUCACCUGUGGGACUGUUCUCUCUCCCUGAAAAACCACACUGACUGCUCCAACAAAGAGCACGCUGGACUCACCUGUGCAGAUGUGUCAGUGUCCUCUACUCCUGCCACAACAACAUCAGCUUCUCCUCCAGUUUCUCCUCCAGUGCGCUCAACAUCAGUCUCUCCUCCACAAACUCUCUCCGUCCCCCCAGUGCUUGUGAUUGUUCUGGGAGUUGUGCUCUUACUGCUCUUAGUGCCACUGCUUAUACUGAUUCAGCAGAACAGAGUGAUGAGGAGAGCUCUCUCUAAGAGCAGACACAGGAUGAAAACUGAGACCGUUUAUGAGGAGAUUCAGCGCAGACACAAUCACUUCACUCAGAGGGGGAGUCUCAUCUCUGAAGAACUGCAUUCUGGGUAUGAAGAUGCUGAUGAGCUUUUCCCAGAUCUUCAUGUAUGUGUAGUGGACUCACCGGAGCAUUAUGAUGAUGUCAUAAUUAUUGGACAGAACUUUAAAUGUGUAACAGUCUUAGACAGUCUUGAGGAGAAAGAGAUCAGUGACACAAGCUGUGUUACACAUUACAAUGUGAGGUUUUAUUUCACGUGUGUAUCAGAGGGAGAUCAGGAGGAGUGUGAUGAUGAUGAUGAUGUGAAGAGCAGGCGGUUCAGGGGGCUGACAGGAGCCAGUUUCUUCAGUGUGUUUGAGGAGCAGACGAGAAACUUGUGCUGUACAUACUCAGAGUCAAGAGACAGUGUGAGUGUGAGGUUGGUGAAUGGUAAUAAUCCCUGUGCUGGUCGAGUGGAGGUUUAUAAUGAUGGUCAGUGGGGAACAGUGUGUCAUUAUUGGUGGGAUAUUGCUGAUGCUGCAGUGGUGUGUAGAGAGCUGGACUGUGGGACAGCUGGAAAACCAAUAUAUAAUGCUCACUUUGGACAAGGAUCAGGACCAAUUUCAAUAGGUUAUGUAUAUUGUAGUGGAUCAGAGACUGCACUGAAAGACUGCAGGUCCAACAGCCAGUAUACACAGAAGUACUGUAAACAUGGUCACGAUGCUGGUGUCAUCUGUUCAGACUCAGAGCAAAGACUUCGACUUUUGGACGGAUUUCACCUGUGCUCUGGGAGAGUGGAGAUGUUUCGUACAGAAGGAUGGGGUUCAGUGUGUGACGCUGUCUUUGACCAGCAGGAUGCUGAGGUUGUGUGUAGAGAGCUGAACUGUGGGGCUCCUGUACAGGUGCUGGGAGCAGCUGCUUUUGGUAAAGGAAAAGGCCGUGUUUGGUCAGAGGAGAUUCAGUGCAGAGGAAAUGAAUCUCAGAUAGACGUCUGUUCACGAUCAUCUUCACAGAAACACAACUGUUCUCAUGACAAUGAUGUGGGAGUGAUCUGUUCUGGUUACACAGAUCUCAGACUGAUAGACGGUUCAGGCUCUUGUUCUGGGAGAGUGGAGCUUCAGUAUCUUGGUAAAUGGGGCACAGUGUGUGAUGCAUGCUGGGAUAUGAGAGCUGCCAGUGUCCUCUGUAGACAGCUGAAUUGUGGGAUUGCUGUGUCUGUUGUGGGAUCAGACUGGUUUGGAGAGGGAGUUAAUGAAAUCUGGGCUGAUGUGUUUGAUUGUGACGGGAAUGAAACAAAACUCUCAGAAUGUUCCAUCUCUUCAUGGAGUCGAGCUGAAUGUUCUCACAGACGAGAUGUUGGAGUCAUCUGCUCUGCAGGUCGCAGGUCCCUCAGACUGGUGGGUUCUGGGGGAGACUGUGCAGGGAGGCUGGAGGUUUUUCACAAUGGCUCAUGGGGGACAGUGUGUGAUGACUCCUGGGAUAUUAAAGAUGCCCAUGUGGUGUGCAGACAGCUGCAGUGUGGAGUGGCCCUCAGUAACCAGCAGGUACCAGCCUGGUUUGGUCCUGGUUCUGGACACAUAUGGCUGGAUGAGGUGGAGUGUGAGGGGAAUGAGACGUCCCUGUGGAGCUGCUCUUCUUCAGGCUGGGGAAAACAUGACUGUCAACACAAGGAGGAUGUAGGAGUAGUGUGCUCAGAGUUUAAAGAGAUCAGGUUAACUGAGGGCUGUGAAGGAAAUCUGGAGGUUUUCUACAAUGGAUCCUGGGGUAAUGUGUGCUGGAACCAGAUGGACAGAGACACAGUGAGUCUGAUCUGUCAAGAGCUGAACUGUGGAAGAUCUGGUGAUUUGUCUGCUUCUACAGCAAAAGUGAAAUCAGCUCCUAACUGGCUGGAUAAAGUUACAUGUCGACCACAUGACUCAAAUCUGUGGCAGUGUCCUUCUUCACCCUGGGGACAAAAUAACUGUAAUAAUAAGGAUGAAGUGGCCAAAAUCACCUGCUCAAAGGAGGAGAAUCAUGAGUCUUCUCGGAGUCGUUUGUCUUGUUUUAUCUCACCAUCUCCUCAACAAAAACAGUGUUCAAAGAAUAUUCCUCUCAGACUGAAUGGAGGGGAGGGCCGGUGCUCUGGGAGGCUGGAGGUGUAUCAUAACGCUGUGUGGGGCUCAGUCUGUGAUGAUCAGUGGGACAUCAACGAUGCUCAGGUGGUCUGCAGGCAGCUGGGUUGUGGAGAAGCACUGCUUUCUGAUGGGAAUUCAACCUUUGGUGCUGGUGAAGGUGUUGUGUGGAUGAACAAAGGUCAAUGUAGAGGGAAUGAGAUUCACCUGUGGGACUGUCCUCUCUCCUUGAAUAACCACACUGACUGCGCCCACAAGAAACAUGUUAGACUCAACUGUACAGAUUUGUCAGUGUCAACUACUCCUGCAAUAACAACUUCAGCUUCUCCUCCAGUGCGCUCAACAUCAGUCAGUCCUCCAGCAGUGUGUCUCUCCCCCCGCCCAGUGCUUGUGAUUGUUCUGGGAGUUGUGCUCUUACUGCUCUUAGUGCCACUGCUUAUACUGAUUCAGCAGAACAGAGUGAUGAGGAUAGCUCUCUCUAAGAGGAGACACAGGACGACGACUGCGGCUGCUUAUGAAGAGAUUCAUUUAAGACACAAUCACUUCACUCAGAGGGGGAGUCUGAUCUCUGAAGAACUUCAUUCUGGGUAUCAAAAUGAUGAUGAGCUUCUCUCAGCAAAAGAGUUCAAGACUGCAUAUUAUGAUGAUGUCACCAACGGCAACGGUGUCCUAAAAGAAGAGAUGGUGAAGGAAAUCACAUUGGGAUACUAUGAUGAUGUCAUCACUGAUGGACUGAAACCAGAUCGUGAGACAGUGAAUGCACCAGAGGUUUCUGAUGAUGUUGUCAUAAAUAGACAGAGCUGUCAAGAGGUAACAGAGAGAGUUCAGGAGAAGUGUGAUGUCAUGAGUGUCAGUGAAGAUGUGAGAAACUUGUUGGAUUAUGAUGAUGAGGAAGAGUCCAACAAAGAAGCCAUUCAACAAAUCUGAACAAAGUUUGAGUGACACAUUAUUGAUUUGUCAAAUCUCAGGUUUUUAUAUGAUUUUGCAUUUGUGAGAUGUUUUUGUAUUGUUUUUUUUGGCCUUGUUAAUAUUAAUAAAAACAUUUA